AUGUUCGUACCGACAACGGAAGAGCUCGUGCUCCUCCCUUGCGCGCUCGCUGUACUCUCUGUCGGCUCACUGCUUGGUUAUGCUGCCAUUUCAUUGGCUAAGGGACAACGUAGUGUCGAAGUAGAGGAACAGGAUGCUGAAAGACGUGGUUGGCAUGAAGUCGUCGCCAGUCGCGGUGGUUCCAGGGGCCUGAGUAUGCGGGUCUUCAGGGUGGCAGCCAGCGCCGCCCUCACCACCUAUGCCGUACUCACUUGGACGAACUCGAAGUCGAACCUCGACAUUGCAAGCGUCAUUUUCUAUGUUUAUGCUACAGCUCUUGCAGUUGUCGCCUUGGUCGGUUCGAUAAACUGGAGAAGACGCGCAGACAUUCACCUUGCCCUCCUGUUUUUGGCAUUCUUUGCGUUCUGCGCAUACCGGGACCUCGUGCCUCUGGCGCUUGUUGACAGAGAUGAUCCUGGACCGCUCGCGAUCGCUCAGCUGGCCGUUCUCUGCGUUUUGGGGAUCGUCAUUCCGUUAGCCAUGCCUGGAAGACCGUCCCCGGACCCACUAAAGAGCGCAUCGCUCUGGGCUGAACUCACUUGGGGAUACUAUGACCCCAUUAUCUGGUAUGCCUACAAGCAUCAAUAUUUGCCAACGGAGAAGCUCCCUCCUUUACCUACGGAAGAAACGGCUAGCUUCCUUGUCAACAAACAUGCUAAAGAUAUUGAUCCUACCAUGCUCAAAAAGAAGCGCAGUCUAGUGCGGAGCAUGUGGGCAAUCUUUCAUCGGGAAUGCUUGGCGUGUAUCUUCUUGAUCGUUCUACAAGCGGGCGCCAGUUUCAUGGCGCCUCUCGGCCUGAACCGACUUCUCUCGUACCUAGAACAUCCUCAGGAGGCAACCCUCCGGCCAUGGGUGUGGAUCAUAUGGCUCGGCAGCGGACCGGCGCUCAAGGCCUGGCUCAACGAGAGAUACAACUGGAUCACGACUGUCAUUAUGGUCCGAUUGUCGGCCAUCGUCACCCAGGUCGUGUUCACGCAUUCGCUCAGGAUCCGUAUGAAGGCGGACACAGCCAAGAAGUCUUCUGACAACUCGACGUCAUCGAGUGCCGCCGAUGGCACCAGCGAAGUGGAAUCAAUCGCGAGCUCGCCAACCGAUGGCACUGCUACCCCCACCGAGACCACGACCGCCGUCGAUUCCGAAUCCCAGGACAGCCCUACCUCGACUACUGCAUCCAUCUCCGGGGCCACCGAGAGUGGCGAUGGCCCGCCCAAGAGUAAGACGAAAUCGGAGUUGGAGAAGGAGGACGAGGCCGCAAGGACGGCGAAGCAGAUGGUCGGCAAGAUCACGAACCUUGUCACCAGCGACGUAUCAUCGAUAUGGAGGGCGUCUGAUUUUCCUCUCAUCAUCCUUUCGCUGCUGCAAAUCAUGGGGGCAGUUGCAUCUUUGUAUUAUCUCCUUGGAUGGAGUUCACUUGUUGGUACUGCCAUUCUGGUGGUUUCUCUGCCCAUACCAGCCUGGGUGGCCAAACAACUCAUGCAAUCCCAGAAAGAGAAAAUGAAAGUCUCGGAUCGCCGCGUUCAGGACGUCACGCAGACGAUGAACGUCAUCAGGAUGAUCAAGCUGUUUGCAUGGGAAAAGAAGUCACUGGAGAAAUUGAACAAAACGCGCGAGGAGGAACUGACCUGGAUUCGCUACAACGCUAUACUCGGGUUAAUCAACCAGUCGAUCAACAACCUCCUCCCGUUGUGCAACAUCGUUGUGACUUUGGGUUUAUACACUUUGAUCAUGAAAGGCGAACUGACGGCGUCGAGAGUAUUCACCUCCCUAUCGCUGUUCUACAUGAUGCAGAAUCAGAUGCAGCAACUCUCUUUCUGGCUGCCGCAGAUGCUGAACGCGAAGGUGGCUAUGGAUCGUCUGGACGAGUUCUUGAACGGAACGACGUUACUUCACCCCGUGAGCCGCGAAGAGACUGCAGCUGCAAGUGUGCCCAUUCCGCGAGGCGUCGAGCAAGAUAUCAUUGGGAUCAAUGCAGCGCACUUCACAUGGGACGAGGCUCGCUCGGCUGGACAACGUCACUUCCGCUUGAAGAUCGACGGCUUAGUCCGCUUCGAACGCGGUGCAGUCAACCUGAUCAUCGGAGCCACAGGAUCCGGGAAGACUUCUCUGCUCAUGGCACUCCUAGGGGAAAUGUACUAUCACCCGUUGACUGUGGAUUCUUGGUACAAUCUCCCUCGACAAGGCGGUGUCGCGUAUGCCGCUCAGGAAACAUGGGUUUUGAACGAAACUAUACGAGAAAAUAUCUUGUUUGGAUCUCCCUUCGACGAGAACAGAUAUCAGAAAGUUUUGGAGCAGUGCGCCCUUGUUCAUGAUUUAAGCCUGUUUGCUGCGGGAGAUAAGACCGAGGUUGGGGAGAAGGGUUUGACUUUGAGUGGUGGGCAAAAGGCGCGGAUAACACUGGCGCGUGCUGUUUAUUCCGAUGCUCAGGUCAUUUUGCUGGACGAUAUACUUGCGGCACUCGAUGUCCACACUGCAAGACAUAUCGUCGACAAAUGCCUCAGAGGAGACAUCGUCAACGGCCGCACUGUCCUACUGGUCAGCAACAACCUUGCUCUAACGAGCUCGUUGGCGAAGAAAGUCUUGCGAGUCGACCAUCAUGGUCGCGUGAUCGAGGAAAAAUCUGUGGAUGCAGCCAUCAGGCGUGAUGCCGCCCUUCGCGCCGAAAUCGAGAAGGAUACAGCACACACGGAGGAAAUCGAGGAUACGUUAGAAGAGAAGGCUCCCGGAAGCGAUGCUCCUGCGGGGCCGUCAGGAAAGCUUACCGUAGCAGAAGACGUUGCCCACGGCGCCGUGUCGGCGAAGUCCAUUUUGCUCUACCUCCAGAACGAGGGCGGUGCACUUUUUUGGAUCUCUUUCCUUCUGUUCACGCUCGGCGAGGCUGGAGUUCGUAUAUGCGAGCCUUACGUCCUUGGUCAAUGGUCAAACCAGUACGAGAUUCGCGACCCGUCGGAGGUUGCUGCGGGAAAAUAUCUCACUAUGUAUUCGCUGCUCGAGGUACUGGAGACCUUGGUUUCAUGCUGUGGCGUCACGAUUUGGGUAUUUGGAGCGAUGAGAGCUUCACGGAGGAUACAUGCGCUGCUCAUCGAAUCGAUCCUUGGAUCAACCUUCCGUUGGCUUGACACCGUUCCUGUGGCGCGAGUUAUUACCAGAUGCACGCAGGAUCUACAAUCAAUAGACCAGAACAUUCGUAACAUAUAUAUGAACAUCGCUCAAAUCAUCUCUUCCCUGGGAUUCAAACUGGUUGCUGUCAUCUUUGUCAUUGGCUGGCGUGGUUUCGGGGCUGGCGCCUUUGCCCUUGCCCUUGCCUUGUCCCUCGGCCGAAUCUACAUGGCUGCUCAAAGAUCUAUCAAACGAGAGCAGAGUGUUGCUCGUUCACCUAUUCUGAGCCUUUUCGGUGCCGGGCUAGCGGGAUUGCCGUCCAUCCGUGCCUACGGUGCUCAGGACAAGUUUACCGACAAGCUCUCGCAGCGCAUCGAUCACUACACAAGGCUUACUCAAAGCUUUUACAACUUGAAUCGGUGGGUCGGUAUUCGAAUUGAGGCAAUCGGCGGAUUAUUCGCUGCUUUGGUCGCGAUUGCACUUGUGUACGGCAACGUGAUGGACGUUGGGAACGCAGGUUAUGCUUUGUCGCAGGUCGUCGGCUUCUCGAUGCUGAUUAUGUGGGUCGUGCGGCUAGCCAACUUUGCCGAGGUUGAGAGCAACAGUCUUGAGAGGAUCAGAGAUUUCCUAGACAUUGAACACGAACCGGAGAAGACCCAGGACGGUGUUCCACCUGCGUAUUGGCCGGCCAGUGGUUCAUUGCGUGCGGAGAAGCUCAGCGCUCGAUACGGCCCUAAUUCGCCGGAUGUCCUGCACGAGAUCUCGUUUGAUAUCAAGUCCGGAGAGCGCGUCGGCGUGGUGGGCCGUACAGGGGCUGGAAAAUCCACGAUCAGCUUGGCGCUAUUGCGCGCCGUGUUGACCAGCGGGAAGGUGUUCUAUGACGGAAUCGACACUCAUACCAUCAAUCUGGACGCAUUGAGGUCGAAUAUCACGCUUAUUCCUCAACAUCCCGAUCUUUUGGCCGGUACUCUGCGCGACAACCUGGACCCUUACGGCGAACACGACGAUGCAACUCUGAACGACGCAUUGCGAUGCGCUGGGCUUUUCCGUCUUCAGCAAGAAGGAGACCCGGAUGCGAUCACCUUGGAUUCGGAGGUCGAAGGCGGAGGUGCUAACUUCUCCCAUGGCCAGCGCCAGAUCAUUGCACUGGCACGAGCCCAAGUUCGCAGGAGCAAGCUAAUGAUCAUGGAUGAAGCGACUGCUGCGAUAGAUUACGAGACGGACGCUGCCAUUCAAGAAUCCAUACGCACAACGCUGAGCAGUGAUAUCACCAUUAUCACGAUUGCGCAUCGCCUGCAAACCAUCAUGGACUCUGACAAAAUCAUGGUUCUCGAUUCCGGUCGCCUGGCAGAAUUUGGUUCUCCCAAAGAGCUCCUCGCGCAGAAAAGAGGCCUAUUCUACGAACUCGUCGAGAAGUCGCACGACAAGGACCUACUCUACGGCAUGGUGAAGCACUGA